AUGGUCGACUUCGCUGUGGCCUCCACUGUCGGUAAGUCCAUUCUCGUCCUGAGAGCGAACUCCGACCACGCGGUCUCUUCUCACCGCGCCCGUUUGCACAUCAUUUUCGCUUGCUCGUCUUUUGAUGGUGGAGACCACAGUUUGAUACGCCUAUUUAGCAUAAAUUUCCUGGGGCUGAAGGUGUACAUAUAGCGUAGGUGCGUCUAAUUAAGAAUAGUCGCAAAGUAUCGCAUAGACUCUGUUAAUGCCGACAGGUGUCUCAUGCAUAACCUAGAUAGCUAGUCUCCGUACCCGCCACUGUUCACGACACCUACGGAUGCCUCAGUGGCGUCUGGGCAGUUGAACUUGGCUUGCCCUAACUUACUCGCUUGUACUUGGUACCGUUGCGAUCAUGCCUGAUCUAGCCGGCCUCGAUGUCACGAACUGCACCUUUUAACGCGUGACAAUUGACGCAGCAAACGGACAGACGGCAGCAGACAGACAGUUCAACGAAGACCGAGUACCGAAUGUCCGAGAACCACAUCUAUGUCUUGACAGACUGUGUCGAGCCAGGUUUUGAGUUGAUCCCCUCUCCGACGCCUCCAAUAGUGGUAACGGUGCCAGACCGAAGGCGAUAACACUGAGCUCCUGAGGUGGACAACGAAGAACAUGUCCCAACCGUCCAUGCGAUGUUAUCGCAGCGAGUCGAUGUACUUCACUCAAAAGAUGACCCUCAAGUAGUGGUGGUAAAAUGCCUCCAGUUUUCGCUCGUUCUCCACAUCCGCAGUCCAGCAUUCACAACCACAGAAAAGGACAGACCGGACAACUGCACAGUACACGCAAAUCUUAGUGGCGGUGAAGUUGUCGCGUUGGAUCCAUAGGCGUUUUCUAAGGCUUGAGCAGACUCGGCGGGCAGAAUCAAUUCUGGAGACAAUGUCGUUCUUAAUCUGCCCACUCGGUAGCAGCCUCACCCCGAGGUAUUUAAAACCGUCUACUUCACGUUGACAGCCAUCAAAUCGCGGGCGGUACUUUCUCCUGGUCAAAGAUGCAGCUUGAAAACACUGGUCUUUCCAGCGUUUUUGGAUAAACCGACAGAUUUGGCGACCUCGUUCACCUGUGACGCCAUAGACCGCAGAUCACCAAAACUUAAGGCAAGUAAGGCAAUAUAAUCAGUAUAAUCAAGAUCAGUCAGUCAGUUUUUGGGUGCAAACUCAACACCGUCACCUUCGUGUAGGGCCCUCCCGAGGAUCCAAUCAAUAACGUAAUUGAACAGAAUGGCCGACAGGAUACAGCCUUGUCAAAGGCCAGACCGAAUACCAACCCGGUGGGGAAGCAUGUUGCGGACCAGAACUCUCGCAGCGGUGGAACGAUAGUCAGCCUUGAUCAAGGCGAUGGCUUUGGACGGUAUGCAAUCGAGUGCAAUUAUCCGCUAUAGGGGCUCACGAUGGACGGAAUAGAACACGGCGACAAACUCAACAAAGCAGACGACCGUCGGUUGCUGGUAGCUAUGGCGAAAUUCGAUAAUGCGUCUCAGUGUGAAUACCUGGUUCGCGCAUCCACGUCCAGCGCAGAAUCCAGCUUGGUUGAACCUCGUCCUAGAGCAACACACAGCCUGAAUUCGUCUGAGUAGAACAAUAACGAAGGUCUUUGCAGCAACGUCGAUGAGGCUUGUGCCGCGGUAAUUCCCGCAUCUUGUCUUAUCUCCCCUCUCGAGGAUAGGUAUAAGCCCGUCAUCAGGAGCAACCUCGUCUCUCCACGCUUGUUCAAUCGCCUCAUGGAGCCAGGGCGCCAGAGUGUCGACAAAAGGACUUGUAGAUUUCAGCGGUAUGCCGUCUUCACCGGGCGCCUUGUCGUUGCGUAGCCUUUUAUGAUAUCGGGGACUUCUCCUUCAGAAGGGGGGUCGCAUAGCGUUGCAUAGGUUGGAGAGGGAAGAAACUCCGCCGCAGAGGGGAGCAAGGGCGUGGUGGGUUGGGUAUCAAAAUUGAGAUGGUACUCGAAGUGCUUAAGCCAGCGCUCGACUUUGGCCGAGUUGUCCGCAGUAAAGUCGCCAUUAACGUCGCGAACAGGGUCUCUCAGUGCAGAGAACUUACCACUAACUUGGCGAAUAAGUUAGUAGUUUUUGAGUGUCGCGAACGUUCGAGGCCUGUUCCAUGAAGGUCGCAAUUUCAGCCCAAUAUUGCUUCCGGUCAUCCCUGGCCGACUUUGGCGGAAGGAAUCAUCACUACGAGACCUGGCUCGAGCCGUCUGAGCAGACAACUGCAGGGUUCUUCUGUUAAUCCAGUCACUGCGACGUCGCUGAGUAUAUCGAAGGAUUUUCUCAGCUGCACCAUAGACUGACGUUUUCAGCGACGACCAAAGGUUAAUGCCUUCCCCGUCGGCCCGGGUCGUAAAACAGGACUGGAUGUCUCUGCUCAGGGCCCCGACAGUGUUGGUUUGCCGGAUUUUUUGCGACAUCGAGGCGUCAAUGACGUGGCACUUUUAGCGUGAGAGAUGAGGUGAACUUUCAAGCAUGUCCGCACGAGGAGAUGGUCCGACCCAUGGGCGUUACCAGUCUCGGCACCACGCAUCAAUCUGCUAUUGUGAACCCAGCGGCUGGACCUUGAGCUGACCAGAAUGUAGUCGAUCUAACUGGCUGUAUGAUCGUCGUUUGAGUACCAAGUCAGUUAUUGUGAUGCACGAAGCACGUGUUAGUAGUCCGUUCUGAUCAACGAAGUUCAGCAAUCCCUCGCCAUUUUCACACCGGGAAUCAAACCCAAAGCGGCCAAGAUGACUGUUUGUGGAGUCGCCAGAUCCUGUCCGACCGUUUCAAUCCCCGCCAACAAUCGGCAGAUCGUGGCGAGAGGGUCUGUCAACCAACGGCUGCAGCUGCGAGGGAACCGUCCAUUUAUCGCGCUGCUCAGCGGCUGAAGUUGAUGGAGAUGUUCGUGAAGGGACCUUUCAGUCGCACGUAGGCCGUCUGGUCAUUGACUGGUUCUCAAGCAAGUAAAGCGGGGUCGGCUUGUUGCGAGAGGUCGAUCGUCACGCCGUGUCUACCUGAAGGGUCGCGUGGGCCACUGUGGUACAGGGUGAAGUGUGAGUCAACUCCGCUGGCCUUCAUUUCCCGAAAGCCUGAGUCAGGAAGUCCAAGUCUAGACAGACAGCAGACAUCCACACUUUACUGAUUAGGGCUGCCCGCGGUCAGGCUUUGGGUACCAGGGUCCAGGGCCGUUCGCACAUCCCAUCAUUAGACACCAAGAGUCCGUCCCCGGUUGAGUAGUCCAGCUCGCAUAAUAUUCGCCCCCACUACUGGACCAGGAUUGCGGAGCGCGUCGUUCACCGCGGACGCCGUACCAGGGGUCGAAUACUGCAGUCGGACGUAUUUCAUGAGGCUUCUUGGAAAUUUUGAGUACAGGCGGUCCCCUAACAGCCGCUCGGGUUGUUUGUUCGAGGUUGUCUCCUCUAGCGCUUUGGCUUAAAAGCCUAACCACUAGGCAGUGGCAGCAAGCAAACUUAUUUUUAUGGCAGUCCACUGUUGCCAUAUUACAGUGCCGUCAUCGGGCUAUGCGGCUUCUUAUAAUGCCUUCAGCAUGCCUGACCUCAGCCUUCAGCACUGUCGUUGCUGGUCCGCGACUGCUUAUUCGUCAGACCUGGGUCUGCUUACUUCUCAGUUAACCUUCACUGAAAAUUGUUCCACCAUCCGCCACUUGUGGGCACGCCGGGUAACCAGCAGCUAGGCUAACAGGCGACCCUUCAUCCCGGUCACGGCAUUACCGUUUGGUUAUUACUUAUCUUCGCCAGCUUCCUAAUUGUUAAUUGCUGGUUGCUGUGUGACUUCCCGUGAGGACUAUAUAUCUAGAGCUCCAAGGCGCACCUGAAUCGCCCGCAUGUCUCGUCAUUCAAUCAGGACAGGUCGGCGAACCACUCACGCCGCACUUUUUUCAGUAAUGUGACUACGCAGACAUGGCUAAGCAAUAAACUAUGGUUGUUUUUUUCAAAAGUCAUGGCAUCGUUCAGAUGUACGUCACCUUGUUAUCCAAUCGAUUAGUUGUUAACUCUUGUCUUCCAUUCCAUAGCUCAUGACCAUGCUUCGGGCUCUCAGCACGAAAAGACUAAGAUGCUGGUGUUUGAAAUUACCGAUAGGACUAAAAGUACCGUUUCUUCUAUACAAAUAGAAGUAGUAAUGGAUCCUGAAAGUUGGCGUUACGAUCUGCAGUAUUUGGUUCGAUCCACUGCCGCAGUGACCGCAUGGUCUGGGAGGUGUUACCUCCCCAUUUCUCGACGAUGGAACCUUGUUUCCGUUAUAAAGUUAGGGAAGUGAACAUACGGCUUCUGAGCUUUUCUCUAUGCUGCAAUACCUCCAGGACCAUCUUGGGUCAUGAAGAUGAGUCAAACCGCCGGUAUUUUCGCCGUUUUUUUGUUCUCAAAUUAGAAGUCUCAAUUAAAAGUGGGCUUGGACUGUCAAUGCACUUUGUUCGGGCCAGUAAGAAAAUUCGUUUCUGACUUCAUGUUACUGACUGACGGUUUGGAUCGGUUCGUGAUAGUCGUCGCAGGCGAAAGGGAGAUCUGGGGUUUGUCAUGGUUGCGUCAUCUCGCAAGCCAUUUGCCUGUAUAUGUUUGAAUUUUCUACGCCAGCUGUGCUAAUCAUCCGCACAAUCAUGUAUGAGUAUAAAUAAGACCACCACCCAGCAUUGUGCCCUGUACUGAAGUACUUUUUGCAUACCGGCGUAGGAUGGCUUUAUUGGGUUUGGACUAAACAACAAUCACCACUGACAAACACCAACUUAUAAAUGCUGACACUUUUAGAUGUGACCAAUGUCAGAAUACGAGAAUCGUAUGCAUCUGCCUUCGGCGUUGGUCAGGCGGUGUUUGGGAGUUAGAUUAAGAAUUCACAAUCGACCUGCUUGAGGUCCGCAUGCCUACGGGACUAACUCUCAUUCGCAAUGCCUGCCUUACAUGCUUUUAGUGGAUUUCAGUAUCUGGUAUAUUUGUUGUAGGUUUUGUUGGGCAGGAAAUUGCGCCUCUUGGCGCCAUUAGCCGUUGGUAGUUUCACCAGAGACCGACGAUUAUGGCUCUUCGGUUGUCCGAAAACUCGGCCAAAACGCUUCUCACCGGAUGGUGGAACUGUAGCGCCGUUUGGUGUGUAGAUUGUUCUUUUUAAUACCUGAAUGCGAAAGUGAACGACACCAUACACCUCCCCGGCACAGGAGGGUCGUUAGCAGCCUUGGUGAUGUCGUAGUGCCGCUUUGGUUCGUAACAAUUUUGUGACUUCCUGACCUGCCAGAUCGACGCCAACCCGCGUCUGAGGGUAGUGGCACUCUCAUUGUUUGUGUUUGUUUCGCAGCUAAUUAUUGCUGAAGACUGUUACACCUGUCCGCCAUCUGUAAACGCCUCGGGUAGUCCGUUACUUGGCAAGCCAGCAGGCCCCGUCUUUAUUCACAUCUAACCGUCCCGGGCACUUGGUUGUCUGACCAACAAAGUUUGCUUUAAUGUUGUCUCGUUUGGUGGUCCGGUCGAUGCAGACCUGAUAGCUGUUUGAUUCUCUGCGCGUAGUUUUUGAUCGAAAAUUGAGUUUUUUUCGGUUAAAAGCGGACUGCCUUUAAACAGUGUUGAUGAACUGCUUUACCACAUCGGAAAGUCACUUCCUUCUUCUUGCCAUCUGCUUUUCCUUGUUUUCUUCCCAGUUUACUGUGCGUUUCCAUUGCGCUUUUGCAGUCAAUAAGGUAUUUCAGCCAUUUUUCCUUUGGCGUCUGUUUAUCCUUAUUAAUCUUAGGUUAUUACGGUUCGCGACUGUUUGCCGAUCUGUGUCGCUAUGAGGAGAACUCUCGUAUCACCCAGGUGACAGUAGUCUGCCUGCCAGCUUCCGCAGCCGCUAAGACAGAAUUGACGGCGGUGGAGGGUGCAACUGAUGUCAGCGGCAUCCCUACGGACGAAACGCUCGGAGCGCGCCUCCUUCACACUCGCUUGUCCUCCUGGCUGCCCUCAGAGAAACUUUUCAGUCUCCUUCGAGGUGGCAUCCAGGUGGCCAAGGUGGUGCACGCAGAGUUGGUCCUCAACCUUAAGAAGCAUGUCAAGUCUGCAGAACGAUAA